AUGAUGUCAUACCUCAAACAGCCCCCUUACGCCAUGAACGGCCUGGGGCUGAGUGGUGCGGCGAUGGACCUACUUCAUCCGUCUGUGGGAUAUCCAGGUGAAUACAUUAACUCGUCAACGCCAAGAAAACAGCGUCGGGAGCGAACAACAUUUACCCGCUCACAACUUGAUAUUUUGGAGGCGCUUUUCGCCAAAACUCGUUACCCGGAUAUAUUUAUGAGAGAGGAAGUGGCACUGAAAAUAAAUCUACCCGAAUCCAGAGUUCAGGUGUGGUUCAAGAACCGACGAGCAAAGUGUCGUCAGCAGCAGCAGAGCGGUAGCAGUGCCAAGGCUCGACCAGUCAAGAAGAAAUCUUCACCCACACGGGAAAGCACGGGCUCAGAGAGCAGCGGACAGUUCACUCCUCCAGCAGUGUCCAGUGCUGGCUCCUUGUCCAGCUCCAGCUCUUCCACCAACAACACGGGCGUCAGCAGCACUUCUACCUCCAUCAGCACCGUCUCCUCUAUAUGGAGUCCUGCCAUCUCCCCGGGCUCUGCACCUCCAUCUGUAUCCUUGCCUGAGCCUGUGGCCCCCACCAAUGCCUCGUGCAUGCAGCGCUCCGUAUCAGCCACGGCUGGUUCUUCUUACCCCAUGUCCUAUAACCAGACAGCGGGUUACAGCCAGGGCUACCCAACCCCAUCCGGCUCCUACUUCAGCGGGGUGGAUUGUGGCUCCUAUUUGGCCCCUAUGCACUCUCACCACCACCCACACCAGCUCAGCCCUAUGACAGCCUCCUCAAUGUCGGGACACCCCCAUCACCACCUCAGCCAGUCCUCAGGGCACCACCACCACCACCAUCACCACCACCAGGCCUACAGUGGAGCAGGCCUGGCAUUCAACUCAUCUGACUGCCUGGAUUACAAAGACCAAACAGCUUCCUCAUGGAAACUCAACUUCAAUACUUCAGACUGCUUAGAUUACAAAGACCAGGCCUCCUGGAGGUUUCAAGUCUUGUGA